AGGUACAUGGCAUUCCAUUGACAACAAACAGUUUAGCAACUUACUCCACCACUGGAAUUAAAAAUGACACAUUUACAAUUAAAAGAAGGAGAGUAUACGUCCACAAUUUAUGGACAUAUAAAAGAUCAACGUUAUAAAGAAGCAGUUCAACUUUUGAACAACCAGCUACAAAGCCACCCAAAGUCUCGAGCUGCUUUGUCCCUUCUGGCAUACUGUUACUACCAACAACAGGACUUUGUCAAUGCAUCCGAUUGCUACGAACAGCUGACGUUUAUGCACCCAGAGGUAGAAGCUUACCGGCUCAACUAUGCACAGUCACUGUACAAAGCAUGUCUGUAUCAAGAGGCCAUGAAGGUGGCCUGUCAGAUUGAUAAUCAGGAAUAUCAUGGACAGAUUACAAAAUUACAAGCUGCUAUUAAGUAUGGAGAAGAGGAUCUUCCAGGAGCUAAAAGUUUGGUUGAGCAAUGUCCUUCAGAUGACCCAGACACAGAAAGCAACUUUGGAUGUCUUCUAUUCAAGGAGGGUCGUUAUGAAGAGGCUUGUCAAAAGUUUUCCACAGCGAUGCAAAUACUAGGGUAUCGGUCGGAUAUGUCGUAUAGCAUCGCUCUGUGUCACUACAUGAUGAAGCAGUACGCGCCAGCCCUGAAACACAUCGCAGACAUCAUAGAGAGGGGGAUACGUGAACAUCCUGAGCUGAGUGUUGGCAUGACAACGGAAGGAAUAGAUGUCCGAAGUGUGGGAAAUUCACUGACACUUCAUGAAACUGCUUUAAUUGAAGCCUUUAAUUUGAAGGCAGCCAUUGAAUAUCAGCUGCGAAACUACGAAGCAGCGUGUGAGGCUUUGACCGACAUGCCACCACGGUCGGAGGAGGAACUUGAUGCCGUGUCUCUCCACAACCAGGCUCUGAUGAACAUGGACCAGCAGCCCACACAAGGAUUCCAGAAAAUGCAGUUCCUGCUUCAGCAGAACCCGUUUCCGCCAGAAACAUUCGGAAAUCUCUUACUGCUCUACAUCAAAUACGAGUAUUAUGACUUGGCAGCUGAUGUGUUGGCAGAAAAUGCUCAUUUAACAUAUAAAUAUCUCACACCGUACCUGUAUGACUUCUUGGAAGCAGUGAUUACAAGACAGACAUCUCCCGAAGAAGCGUAUCGAAAGCUGGACGAGAUGGCCACAAAACAGACAGAAACACUGAGGAAACUCACUAAACAGGUCCAAGAGGCACGACAAAACCAUGACGAUGAUGCUGUCAAGAAAGCUGUCAACGAUUACGAUGAAGUUUUGGAGAGAUUCAUUCCGAUCCUGAUGCAACAGGCGAAGAUUUAUUGGGAGAUGGAGAACUACCAGCAAGUGGAGAAGAUAUUCCGCAAGUCCGUCGAGUUCUGCAACGAACACGAUGUGUGGAAACUGAAUGUCGCCCACGUCCUCUUCAUGCAGGAGAACAAGUACAAAGAAGCAACUGGUUUUUACGAGCCCAUUGUCAAAAAGAAUUACGAUGAUCUUUUAAGUGUCAGUGCGAGUGUGUUGGCCAAUCUUUGUGUAUCGUACAUCAUGACGAGUCAAAAUGAAGAGGCUGAAGAACUGAUGAGGAAGAUAGAGAAGGAAGAAGAGAGAGUUGCCUACCAGGACCCGGACAAAAAGAUUUAUCAUCUGUGUAUUGUUAACUUAGUCAUAGGAACCUUGUACUGUGCAAAAGGCAACUACGAGUUUGGCAUUUCACGAGUGAUCAAAAGUCUUGAGCCGUACAACAAGAAACUGGGAACAGACACAUGGUUCUAUGCGAAGCGGAACUUCCUGUCUCUGAUAGAGAAUAUGUCCAAACACAUGAUCAUGAUCAGAGACGCCGUGGUUCAGGAGUGCAUUCAGUUCCUCGAGUGCUGUGAAUUAUAUGGCCGAGAUGUGAAGGCAAUUAUAGAACAACCUCUGGAAGAAGAACCGAUGCAUCCUGGGAGAAACACAGUGGCAUACGAAGCUCGCUUACUGAAAAGUCUUCUUCUUCAACUCAACUGAAAUCCAUCUAUUCACAACUCUGACAUUUUUGUUAACUUCAGUUUUUGGGGGGAAAAAUUAAGUAGACUGUCAAGAAUAUGUUAAAACAAAGAAAACACAAAAAGACUUAAUUUAGAAUCCUUUUUGAAGAGGUUGUUUUGAGUGUUAAGAUUCAUUUGCUAUAAGAUUGUUCUUUCAAAAAGAAAAUUUGGCUAAUGUAAGGAGAAACCUAAUUUUAUUUAAUCAUUUGAUAAAGAACAUCAAUAUUAGGGCAUCCACGAUUUCAAAAUAUCAGAGUUGAGUACUCGAGGGUCAAACUCGACCAGGACUCGAGUACCCGACACUUACACUAGAUGAUAAUGAGACUAAGGAAUAAAGUAAAAUAGUAUUAUGUAUCUUCAUUCCAGCGCUGAACAUGGAUGCCAGAUUAUGUCAUUGUAUUACAUUCCACACAUUCGACUUAUGUUGCCCUUACAUAGCCCUGUAAUGUAACUGGUGGCACACAUGGCAAAAUGACAAAAAGACGUAAAAAUAUAAAAUGAGUGCUCUUCCUUGCACAGGUUCUAGAGUCCUAUGAACGGACUCGAGUCUUGCUAUACUCCGCCCGUGGCAGAGUACUUGUGGAGACCCGAAUCUAUACCAAUACUUCCUUGUACUCCGAUGAAAGUAGGAGCUGUAACUGUUUGUCAACAUGUGAUUGUGUCCAAUUAUUGACUCAGUAUAUGUAGACUUUUCUUUAUUUUGGAACGACAAAAAGUGGUCUGUAUUAUAUAUACAAAAUUAUUGUUUACAUUUCUCAUCAGACAAGCUACAGUUUCUGUGUUUGUAAAGUGUAUAUUCACUUCUGGGGUACCAUUAAGAAAAAGUAUUCUUUAUGAAAAACAACUUUAUUCUUCUUGAGUACAAGUCUAGGAAUUAUCAAAACUGGUUUUACAUAAUUGUUAGGAAAGUAAGAUCUUAAUAAACUGUGUCAGAAUCUUUGUAUAGCUUCAGUUUGUUAAUUUUCUGAUGAUUGUUAAGCUUAAACAUUUGAAAUACUAUUCCGUCCUAUUUUGUGAUCUCACAUUUGUUCAACCCACGAACAGCUGUAUAUGUGUUAUAAAACAAAUCUUAUCAGAUGCAUCAGAAAUGCUGUUGGGAGAAUAACAUCACAUCUUGUUACUUUAUUGUUUUUUAGUGUUUGUACAUUUAUGUAUAAAAUAAAUAUUUAUUUACAUAAUCGAA